AUGAAGAAUUCCUGGCUUUGGCUGGCAACCCUCGCCGCACCGGCGCUCGGGAAGCUUACUCUCGUUCAGCGAGAUGUUCCCUCGGUGGUGGACAUGAGUAUCCAGCGUAAAGAGGUCUCGGACCCCGUGGCCCGAGACCGAGUACGACGGAUGAAGCGUAGUUCAACGGUUUCACAGGCUCUAGACAAUGAGGAAACCCUCUACUUUUCCAACGUCACAUUGGGAACCCCGGCGCAGAGUUUGCGUUUGGUCCUGGAUACUGGCAGCAGUGAUCUAUGGGUCAAUACUCCCAACUCGACCCUUUGUAAAAAGAAGACCGCCCCUUGCAGCGACUCUGGCACCUAUGACUCUAGUUCUUCGUCAUCAUACGCCUUUGUGAACAACGAUUUCAACAUUACUUAUGCGGAUGGCUCCGGUGCUUCGGGUGAAUAUGCUAGUGAGACUGUUACCAUUGGCUCGGCGACAUUGAAGGAGCUCCAAUUCGGCAUUGGUUACAACUCAGGCUCCAGCGAGGGCGUGCUGGGAAUUGGAUAUCCAGCUAACGAGGUUCAAGUUGGCGUGAGCGGGGGAAGUCCCUACGCCAACCUGCCCAAGGCCAUGGUCAACAAAGGACUGAUCAAGUCUAACGCCUACAGCUUGUGGCUGAACGACCUGGAUGCUAAUACUGGGUCAAUUCUAUUCGGCGGAGUGAACACUAAGAAGUACCACGGUACCUUGGAGACCCUCCCCAUCCAGAAAGCUGGGGGUGUUUACUCCGAGUUUGUAAUUGCCCUGACUUCCGUGGUUCUCAGCAAUUCCUCCGGCACCACCAACUACACGACCAAGGCACUACCAGCAGCGGUUCUACUAGACUCGGGCAGCUCUUUAACUUAUCUCCCAGACGUGAUUGUCGAGGGGCUCUUCAAUGAUCUGGAAGUAUCAUACGAUUCCUCCAGUGGAGUUGGAUUUAUGCCCUGCAAAAGCAGUUCGAAUAAGGUCAACAUCUCCUACACCUUCUCAUCACCCACCAUCAACGUCGCCCUGAGCGAACUCCUUCUGGAUAUCGGUGACUACUUCUACGACAACGGCGACCGUGCUUGCGCAUUUGGUAUCGUCCCAGCCGGUGAAAGCAUGUCCGUCCUAGGCGAUACAUUCCUGCGUAGCGCCUACGUGGUAUACGAUCUAGCCAACAACGAGAUUUCCCUAGCCAACACCAACUUCGACUCGACGGGCAACAACGUCCUCGAAAUCACGACCGGCACAGACUCAGUUCCUGGCGCCACAGCCGUCGCCAAUCCAGUGACUACUGUGGCUGCCGUAGGCUCUGGAGCGCGCAUUGGCGGUCCCCAUGGAGGCAGCGGUAUCUUCUCAUCGAGGAAUGCCGCUACGCCUCGGCAAACGAGCAUGCCCAGGACCCUGGCCCUCGGCUUGGCUGGUGCUGGAGCAUUGUUGGCACUUUGA